ACCAGGUGCUGUUUUUUUCGCAGUUUUUAAGCUACACGACAUUGAACCAGUCGCGGGGGUCAAGGAAACACGAUGGCUAACGGAGGAUACAGCUAUGACUCAGAAUCAGACCUAGAGUGGACGGAUGGACUAGAUCUAGAAGAGUAUUAUGUAGGGCCAAUGGAUUGGUCGGAUUGGUCUGAAGAAGAGCCAAGGGAUUCGUCUGAAAAAGAGUCAGAGGACUGCCCUGGUGACGAGUCGGAGGGUCUGCCCGAGGAAGAGGCAGGGCUUCCGAAGUCUCCUUGGCUCGGACUCUACCAUGGCCAUGUCAUCGAACGAAUGAUAUCUCACACGCUCGGGAGCUGGUGCAGACACAGGGAGAAACCAAAGAUUUACAUCGUCACUCCUUUCAUUGACGAGAACGGACUAAUAAUGAUCAGAGAUGCGAUUGGAAAACGCAAAAUCGAGGCUCUGUAUACCCGAGACAAAGAUGAUCAUCCUCUUGGAUCUAAGAUGCAGGGAAUCCUGGCGGAAGAGACUUUCGUCAAGCUGAGAGUUGUUCCCCGCGAGAUAGAAAACCAGAAGCACUACUACCACUGCAAGUUCGUCGCUGCCGAGUUUCCAGAUCGUGUGGAGAUUGUGAUGACCAGCGCCAACUUAACAGCCAACCACUUCGGGCCCUGGCAGAUAGAUUCAGUACAUAAGUACCAGGUUACGCCUGAGGCCUUCAGAAAGGAGUACUUGAAGAAAUUGAACGAGCACUCAGAAGAUUAUAAGGGGCCAAGAGCAGCGUCUGGUGGGUACAAGCCAGAACAACAGAAGAAACGUGCACCCUACGCUCCUACCAGACAGGUAGUUUGUUUCAAAUGUGAUGAAGAGGGCCACUACGCCGAUGAAUGUCCCCACGACUUCCAUGCUUUGGACAGACAAGAGCAACAGACGAAACGUGCGCCCUGCGCUGCUACUAGACAGGUAGUCUGUUACAGCUGUGAUGAAGAGGGCCACUAUGCCGAUGAAUGUCCCCACGACUUCCAUCCAGUAGACAGACAAGAGCAACAGAAGAAACGUGCGCCCUGCGCUCCUACCAGACAGGUAGUUUGUUUCAAAUGUGAUGAAGAGGGCCACUACGCCAAUGACUGUCCUCACGACUUCCAUCCAGUAGACAGACAAGAGCAACAGACGAAACGUGCGCUCUACGCUCCGACUAGACAGGGAGUCUGUUACAAAUGUGGGGAACAUGGCCACUACGCCAAUGAGUGUCCUCACGACUUCCAUCCAGUGGAACAGAAGAAACAACAGAAGAAACGUGUGCCCUACGCUCCUACCAGUAGACAGGGAGUCUGUUACAGCUGUGGGGAACAUGGCCACUACGCCAAUGAGUGUCCUCACGACUCCCAUUCAGGGUACGAGUCCGACUGACUCUGAAAAGUACCCUGCCAUGUAAUAGUUGUUGGGUGGGCCAGCUAUACUCUCUCCUUGCAGCCAAGGUCUGAACUGUUAGGAUAAGUACAAUUAUUGGGGCUUAAUCGCCAGGGUUCCUGUAUUUCCCCUCCUAUGAGGAGUAAUAUAAUUCUAUGCAGUGAUAUCUGUAUACAUCAAGACAUCUUUGUAUGAUAUCUGAAGACAAGGUGUAUGUCUUAAUUUUGCUUUUAGUGACCUCCUUUGUUAAACCAUCUAAUUGUAUUAGUUUCAUUUGUAUUAUCUUUGUAUUCAUUAAUUCAUUUUCAAUUACUAUAUUUAGUAGUUAUGAUAUUCACUCAUGUAUUAGUUUUCAUUAUAUUUUCCGUUAAUUCAUUUUCAUUUUAUCAUAUGGAUCUCAUGCCCAUCAUUUCGUGGUUAAGGUAGGAAGGAGGAGGGACCUGUAAAAGCCCUGAAGGCUUCCAACCACCUCCUAAACAUUAUUUUGUUUUACGUAUAAAUUUCCUUACCUUUUCAAUUUAUUUUUUAAUAACUGUGCGAAUGAAAUAAAUACAAAUAC